AGCCCAUCAGAGCCCAGUGUCCAUCUGAUACAGGCCCAAUAGAGGCAGAGCCCACUAGGCACUCGACCCCACGCUGGGGCUCUGCUCGGAGACUCGGGAACCUGCUUUGUAGAAGAACAGGAACUAGGGUUUUAGGAGCUCUCUGAUCUCCCUCUCCCUCUUUCUCUCUCUCUCUCUCUCAUACGUUCUGGUACGCGAUAUGGAGUUCUCUAACACUUAUAGACGUGAAUUUAUACAAUUUUUUUCUUUUCAAAGUUGUAUAUGUGCGCAUAAAUAUUUCUUUCCCUACAACUUUGAAAUUGAAACCUAUAAGCAGCUGCUGCAGCACCGAUGACGUUUCAGUGAAGAAAGCUUACAAAUUUGAGUUGUCUUUUUAUUUUCGUGUAGUUUGUACAUCAUCUGAACUGUAAAUAUCUCAUUCUUGGUGUGGUUUUGUUUUGGUUUCUUUCUCUUAAAGGGUUUGUUUUGUAUUGCCAGGAUUUGAACAUUUAUAAUUGGUGUAUUUAAAAUUCAAUCAAGUGGGAAUUAUAAUGGUGUCCAUGCCAUCAAAAAACAUAUGGAUUCGGAGGCAGCAAUGCCCAUGUGGGGAUUGGAAGUGUUAUGUUGUUCAUGAGGGUGAUAGUGAGGAGACAACAAUAGCCUCUCAGCUGGUAAAAAAUGAUCCAAUGUCUUCAUCGGAAUCUAUGGUUGCCCCUUACGUUGGAAUGGUGUUUAAGAGUGACGAUGAAGCAUUUGAGUAUUAUGGGAACUUUGCCCGGAAAAAUGGCUUCUCAAUUAGGAAAGAGCGGUCAAGGCUGAGCCCACAAUUGGGUAUAUAUAAACGAGAUUUUGUUUGUUAUCGAUCUGGGUUUGCCCCAACGAGAAAAAAACCGACAGGUGAGCACCACAGAGAUAGGAAGUCUGUAAGGUGUGGAUGUGAUGCAAAAAUGUACAUGUCGAAGGAGGUUGUUGACGGUAAGUCUCAAUGGUUUGUUGUACAAUUCAGUAAUGUUCAUAACCAUGAGCUCUUGGAAGAUGACCAAGUGCGUCUCUUGCCUGCUUACCGGAAAAUACACGAAGCUGAUCAAGAGCGCAUUCUUUUACUUUCCAAAGCAGGAUUUCCAAUACAUCGUAUAGUGAAGGUGCUUGAGCUAGAAAAAGGAAUUCAAGGUGGGCAGUUGCCAUUUUUGGAGAGGGACGUGAGGAAUUUUGUUCAAAAUCGCAAGAAACUUGUCCAGGAAAAUGAUGCUUUACUAACUGAAAAAAGAGAAAAUGAUACGAUGGAUCUUCUUGAGGCAUGCAAGGCUACAAAAGAUGCUGAUGAGAACUUUGUUUAUGAUUUUACUGUGGAUGGCAAUGAUAAGGUUGAGAACAUUGCUUGGUCCUAUGGGGACUCUGUUCGGGCAUUCUCUGUAUUUGGUGAUGCAGUUUGUUUCGAAACUACUUAUCGUUCAAUCACAUAUGGUAUGCUUUUUGGAGCAUGGCUUGGUAUUGACAAUAAUGGGAAAAUCAUUUGCUUUGGUUGUGCUUUGUUGCAGGAUGAAACACCGCGUUCCUUUGCAUGGGCUUUACAGAUUUUUGUUCGGUUCAUGAAAGGAAGAUGUCCACAGACAAUUCUAACUGAUCUUGAUCAAGGGCUUAUUGAUAUUGUCAAAACAGAAUUACCAAAUACUAAACAUGUCACUUCGAUAUGGAAUAUUCUACCCAAAGUAUCCAGCUGGUUUUCUCAUCCACUUGGACCACAAUAUGCAGAAUUCAAAUCAGAGUUUGAUGCAUUGUACCGUUUGGAGAGUCAGGAAGAUUUUGAGCUUCGAUGGAAUCAGUUGGUUUCUCGGUUUGGAAUCAGUUCAGAUAGACAUGUUGCUUUACUAUUUUCUCAUAGAGCAUCUUGGGCAUUAUCCUAUACAAGAGGUUACUUUCUAGCGCGGAUGGCUACAGCAGCAUAUUCAAAGUCUGUGGACGCAUUCCUAAGAGGGCUCUUUCAUUCCCAAACCUGUUUGCGUAGCUUUUUUGAGCAGGUAGGUAUUUCCUCCAAUUUUCAGAACCAAGCACGUGAGGAGAUGCAGUAUGUGCAUAUUAAAACUUGCAUUCCCAUUGAGGAGCAUGCACGAAAUAUUCUCACUCAAUUUGCCUUCAACGCAUUCCAACAGGAAUUGGUGUUAGCUAUGCAAUAUGCUAUGUCUGAAAUGGCUAAUGGAUCAUAUCUUGCACGCCACUUCAAGAAGAUGGACGGGGAGCGUCUUGUGAUAUGGAUUCCAGAAGAUGAACAAAUUCACUGUUCCUGUAAGGAAUUUGAGUCUUCAGGAAUUAUAUGCAGACAUGCUCUCCGUGUACUUUUAGUCAAGAACUACUUUCAACUUCCUGAAAAGUAUUUUCCAAGUCGUUGGCGACGAGAAAACUCUCUAGUUCCUUUCGAUGAUCAAAAUAUUUCGUGCACUAAUGAUGAAUGGUUCCAAGAAUUCCAUUCACUUACCACGAUUCUGUUUUCAGAAUCAUCAUUUACAAAGGAGCGUUCUGAUUAUGUCCAAAGAGAACUGGCAAAAGAACUUACAAGGCUCAUUAAUGAGGUUAAAAAUAUGCCUGCUAGUGAAGCAGUUGCCAUGGAUUUGACAUGUUCACCCUCUGGUUGAGUCUUAAAUGGCAAGUGCUGCAUAUGGUAGCAAAUGAAGCUAUUGGAAAUGUUGCUCAUUGGAAAUAGAAUGCUCUUCAAAGAAUGUAUUGCGGUAUUAGUAGAGUUGCUGAAAGCACAAAUGGCGCAACAAAUGUUGUUUUGAGGAUUUAGGCUUCUCAAAAUAAAUUUAGAUGCAGACUUCAGUUCAGUGGCCAACCAGUUCUGAUUUCCUGUACGAGCGGCUGGUUGAGACUGAAAAAUAUGGAAGAUUUAAUAAGGUGGUGUAAUCUGUAAAAUGUCAAAAGUAGAUUAUAUUUGAAGGAUGAAGAAUAAAAAAGAAAGUUCAUUUUAUU